AUGCGUGCCAGGCCAUCUUUACGGCCACCUCCAUCACAUCCUAGCCAGUACAACCAGCCCGUAAAUAUCUGUCAGAUACCGCCGGAACAUUUGAGUUACGAUUGUGGCAGCAUUUUAAUUGCCAGCGCGGCCAUUUACGAAUUUAUGCCGCUCAAAGAUAUUUGCUUAGACAACCGACUGUCAAGCUGUCAGAAUGAAUGCGCAGAGUCAACUCAUCCACUGCGGCUGGCUGCUGGUAUUGCUAUCGCCGGUAAGUUUCCAAUCAAAUCGAGUGUAAGAGAAGGAUUCCUCACUUGGCAACUGCUGCUGCUUCAGCUCACCCUGGUAGCCUGCUACGGAGAUCUCAGUCGCAGCCGCUUGACGGCCCAGGCGGAGCACAAUUUGGCUGCCAUUACGAAGCAUGCCAUGGUUCAGGCCACAGAGCUGGUAGACAGUGUGGUCGAUGAUCUGCUCGUUCUGGACUCACAGAAUCCCAUAAUACUCAGCUAUCUGAGCAACUUCGAGGCGUUUCUUGUCACUGGCGACAACCACACAAAGGAAGCGCUGCAAUCCUUCUAUAACAUUGUGGGCGUGUAUCUGGAUGCAGAUGUCGCCGAGAAGACGACGAGCAUUGAGAUCCAAUUAAUUGCCAUGUGUCUGCAGCGCACUGGCUUUGAUAGAUGGAAGCGCACGAUCCAGAUGCGAUCUACCCAAUUACUUAAAUCCUUUAGCAAGAAGCUCAAAAAGUACAUGGACACCCUGGACCCGGAGGAGCGUUUGGGCUUGGAGCUGAGAUGGAAACGCGUUAUAUCACGCGGCGGUCAAAGGAAACUGGAAAAGUUCCGAGAUUUUGUUACUUGGCUGGCGAGAUAAUCCAACUGAAUAUUUACACAGUUCUCAUAUUAAACUUAAUUUAUUUCUAGAAAUAGAAAAUAUAUUUCCCGGAUUCCUAUAAAACACAAUCCAUUUAUUGCAUUAUGGGAUCUGUGUGAC